UCGUAAUACAGCCAUAGAAUAAUAAAAAUUGUUUUAUAACAAGAAUUUUUUCCUGUAAUUUUCUCGUAAAAUAUUCGAUAAAGAAUACAAUAACGGACGUAGUCCCAACGGCCUAGCAUGCCCAGCCCGGGAUUUACGAAGCUAAAAGUCCUAUCAAGAAAAAUACCGCUAGGACAGUCCGAGAGGGGGGGCGAAAGAUCUGUCCACCGGUCGAUGUAAACGGCGAAAACGGCGCGAAUACGGAUUUGAAAUGCCCUACGUGCGGGAAAAAUUACAAGAGACGAGCCUGGUACCUUAAACAUCUAAAAAUACAUAAUGGUGUUGAAGCACGACAAUCGUCGAUUUUACUACGACACCGAGUACAAAAUAUGCGAAAAAUUCAAAUACAGUGGCUGCGGAGGAAAUCCUAAUAAUUUUAAGUCGAAGGAAGAAUGCAAAGAUCAUUGUCCUGGAAAAUACAUAGGGCUCCAGAAACCUUUAUAUUGCAUGAAUGUCCCUGACAGAGGCGAAUGUAAGAACACUAAUCCCAGAUUUUACUAUACUUCAGAGAGAAAUAUAUGCAACACCUUCUGGUACAGCGAAUGUGGUGGUAACGAAAACAGAUUUGAAGAUAUUUAAGAAUGCCGUAUGGCGUGCAAGGUUCACGAAUUUAGUUUGCAAUUAAAAUCCAAUUAACACAAAUAUAAUUCUAUUGAAUCAUGAAAUAGUUUAAUUUAAGCCCGCAUAUUUGUAUAUUGCAAAUAUAUAAAGCCAAUCAUCCCUAUUUAAUUGUACAUAGGUAAGUAAAACAUAGGAGCUAUUUACUGAAUGUAAAGUAAAUUUUAUUUCUUACUUUAUUACGUCAUGUCUUCUUCCGGUAACGACAAACUGGCUUUGAUUAACAAAUAAGAUCUAACCUAAAGACUUAUUUUAUCAUAUGUCGGUAAUACUAUGCAGUCACGUCAUGGGCUAUACUAUAUAUAUGCUUUACUUAUUCAUGAGAUGUUGGAAAUUUUGGUCAUUAUUUAAAGUACGAUGAUCUUUGUAGUGACACUAGCGUUGCGAAUUAACGUUAGUGUUUAUCUGUCUUCAUGAGAUAAACGGAGCUUUACCCAAUAUAUGGGAACUUUAAUUGCUACCGUUAAAACCAAAAAUACCGAUAGAAUUCUGAAGCUACCAAAAAUUUGUCUGGAGAAGUUUAUGGUUAGUAUGUGAUUUGACGCAGGUUCAUGUAACACACUAAUAAUGUUCAUGUAACACACUAAUAAAAACAUGGUCUCUUAACAACUGAAGCUAGGUGAUCGCUCAAUAACUAUUAUUAAAAAAAUUGUGACCCAGAAGAUUAACAACUUUUAAUUUCGGAUAAAUUAAACUACCCCAGUUGAAAACACAAAUUUAUCUGUAACGUAAAAAUAUUGCGGGAGGAAAAGGAAUAUUAAUUAAUCCGAAACAAAAUUUAUCUGGAUACUAGGUUGAAACUAAUAUGAAUAUACACACCUGACAACGCUUCCAAAAAAAAUCCUCUGAAAAUGAAAUAAAAUCAGCUACAAAUAGAAUCUAAAAUAACUAUGCAUUGUAAAAGACUCACUUACUUAUAAAAGGCUCACUAGUGCUGUAGAUGUUACAAUACAUCAGAUACAAUCUAAAUAAAUACUGCUUUGUAACUUUUUUUUCGUAGUAAUUUAGCUUACACUGGAUAACAUUUUCUAUUUGCUUAUACUGUGUUAUUUGCUUUCACAAAGUCUCCGGGAAUAAACCUAUCAGUAUGUAAGCGGAAAAAUAUAAUAAUAACUCAUAUAUACAGAUCCCUUAAUCCUAAAAUAAUGUUAAGAACUUUUUAUUAAUCAGUGUUUUUAAAGAAAAAUCAACACAUUUUAAUUAUAAUUUAAGUAAAAUUGACAUUAACAGAAUUUAAAAUAUUUAUUUAGCUUAAUUUCUUUGCCAAUCGAAACGACAACAUAAGUAAAUUUAAUUCAUUAUAUAUUUUCGUUAUUAAUACAACGAAAAUAUUUUAAAAUAUAUUAAUAGUGCUUUUGAACGUUAAACUUAUUAAUAUGUUUAAAAUAAUAAUAACUCAUAUAAGCAUGUUUCCAAACCCCUGUACCAGCUAUGAUCAAAUUAUUUUCCUGAAUAGA